GCUGCUUCGAGCCUCGUGAGCUGCAGAACUUGAGUCUCGGUCCAAAGGAGCCAAGUGAGUGGUUCCUGAGCUGCGAGUUGGGUUUGGCUCAGGGUGCACUGUGUGAGUCCACUGGUUGGGUUCUGCUGUUUCCACCUAAUGUUCAAUGGAAACGCUUCUUUACUGAACUUUGUUUUUGUUCUGGUUCUGACCCACUCUGAGCUCCUCUAGUUCCCACGUUCCUCCUUUUCUCUCUCUGUCUGGACUCCGGCGUCAUCGGACUCUCUAACCCGGUCCAGUCCAGUUGCCUGUGUCCAGCUCUCACGCCAGCCGUCCUUUCUCCUGCUGAGUGUCAUCUUAUUUGCUUGUUAAUCUGAGUGAGCGCUGGAGCUCCUCCCUCCACCUUCUCUCUCUCUCUCUCUCUCUCUCUCUCUCUCUCUCUCAGCAGCAACAGGAGCAGCUCCUCGGCUCCAACACGCAACACAAACUCUUCAGAACCUCAUAAGAAUCUUUCCUUGUUUUUAAGUUCGUUCAAUUUAUCACUUGAAACCUCCAAUCAUGAAGGAAUUCUCCCUGGAAACCUUGCUCCUGUCUUUUGCGCAUUUCUGUCUCUUCUGCGGCUUCUUGGACGGGUCCUGCGCGCAGGACGCCGCCGCGGAUGAGGCGCCCCGGCGCGGGUUGACAUGGCAACACAACGGCCGGCUCUUCAGCAUCCGGAGCGCGCGUGGCCGCGAACGCCCCGUGGUCAUCGUCAGCACCGGAAACGGCACCGUCCCCGGAGCGUCCAGCGGCUCCCCGCGGGUUCCCGCCGCCAGCAGCACCGCGCACCUGCGCGCCAUGACGCGCCCGGAGCGGCCGCCGCCCGGCGCCGCCGCUGCGGCCGCGGGCGGACGGGAGGACGGCAUGGUCGGAGACGACCCGUACGACCCGUACAAGGCCUCCAACUACUACCCCUACUACAACUACUACAACUCGUACUACCGACCCAGAGCCAGGACGCCGGCCCGCCACGGAUACGGCACCGGGUACCACCAGAACGGUCUCCCUGACCUGGUUCCUGACCCGUACUACAUCCAGAUCGCCACCUACGUCCAGAGGCUCCCUAUGUACAACCUGCGCUGUGCUGCUGAGGAGAACUGCCUGGCCUCCUCCGCCGCCUACACUCACGACUACGACACCAGAGUUCUGCUGCGCUUCCCUCAGAGGGUGAAGAACCAAGGCACGGGAGACUUCCUGCCCAGCAAGCCCCGCUACGCCUGGGAGUGGCACAGCUGUCACAACCACUUCCACAGCAUGGACGAGUUCAGUCUGUACGAGCUGCUGGACGCCCACACGCAGAGUCACGUGGCCGAGGGCCACAAGGCCAGCUUCUGCCUGGAGGACACGUCCUGUGACCCGGGGUACUACCGGCGCUACGCCUGCACGUCGCACACACAGGGUUUGAGUCCAGGCUGCUACGACACCUACAACGCCGACAUUGACUGUCAGUGGAUCGACAUCACCGACGUCUCACCUGGAAAAUAUGUCCUCAAGGUGACGGUGAACCCCAGGCAGCAGGUCCCCGAGUCCAACUUCAACAACAACGUGGUGCGAUGCGACGUCCACUACACAGGCUCCGCCGCCCACAUCUCUGGCUGCACCAUGUCCGCGUAAGACAGCGGCGUCCUGCAGAAUACUGAGACCACUUCUGUGACUGGAGCUUAAAGACGAACCCAAAGGGACCAAACGGGUUUUCCCACCAGAACCAAGCUGCAGCUGCAGGCUCUCGUGUGACCGUCAGAACCACAGCAGCUCCAGUCACAUCUCAGGAGUGAAGCUCCGACCUCGAGUGAGCAGGUGCUGCCUCGGGUUGACACAGGCUCCGCUCGUCUUCUACUCAUCUGACAGCUGGAUGGUUCUGGGGACGGAACCUUUGAGCUCUCAUCUGUUUUGAGGAUGUUCACUCACCUGCAUGCUCUUUAAUGUUAAUUUAAUGCUUUUCUUUUGCUAUAGUUAGUCUACAGCUUCCUGUCGGGUUUGUCGUAGGUGCUGUACAGGUUCUGUGACUGUAGACACAGAGCUGGUUGAUGCAGCAGAUCCUCAAGCCCAUCCUGUAAAUGUGUUUCACUGCUUUACGCCACAAUAAUAAAAGGCUGCUUGAACGUU